CGUGACGUCACGACGCAGCGGUGAAGCAGCAACAUGGCGGCAGAUUACUGGGAGAUGGAGCAACCCCGGACUUGUUCAGACUGAACCGAACCACGGACGAUCCGGUAGGCUGGGUCCGACCGUGACGGACCGGGCUCCACGCUGCCGGUGUUUGGUUUUCUCCAGGUGGGAAGCCCCUCCUUCCAUCAGCAUCACACCUUCAUCACCACCGGUUGCUUUUCAUGGAGCGGAUGAGAAAAAUCAAACGGCAGCUGUCAGUCACACGGGGAAGAGGCAGGCCUAGGGGUGAAGAGGGUAAUGACAUCACCAAGGAAGCGACAUCACACAGCGACUCAGAGAUGCCAUCUCUUCAGUCCUCUGCAGCGCUGAAGGCCCGAGCAUCAGCCUCUUCAGUUCAGUCGCUGCUGCAGACAUAUAGCAGGAAGCCAAGAGGCCUGGGACGCAGCCUGAGCUCUUACUUGAACCACGCCACCAGACUGGAAAUAGUGCAUGAAGAUGCGAAGAUGAACUCUGAUGGAGAAAGUGAUCUGGCUUCUUCUUCAGAUGAUGUUCAGAGCCCAGUGCGAGUACGACUGAGGAACAAAAAGAUUUCCACUGAGGACAUCAACAAACGUUUGUCCUUACCAGCCGACAUUCGUCUUCCUGAUGAUUACCUGGAGAAGUUUAGUGUGAUUGGUCCAGCUUUGUUGGAGCAGCCAAUCAGCAGGCGGCUCCGCAGAGUGUCUCUGUCGGAGAUUGGCUUCGGGAAGUUGGAGACGUACAUCAAACUGGACAAACUGGGAGAGGGCACCUACGCUACGGUGUACAAAGGCUGCAGUAAACUGACUGAAAACCUCGUUGCUCUGAAGGAAAUCCGACUAGAACACGAAGAAGGAGCUCCGUGUACGGCAAUCAGAGAAGUGUCUCUGCUGAAGGAUUUGAAACACGCCAACAUCGUGACUCUUCACGACAUCAUCCACACGCAGAAGUCCCUCACGCUGGUGUUUGAGUAUCUGGACAAAGAUCUAAAACAGUAUCUGGAUGACUGUGGAAACACCAUCCACAUUCACAACGUCAAGCUGUUUCUUUUCCAGCUGCUGCGAGGUUUGUCCUACUGUCACCGGAGGAAAGUUCUCCAUCGAGACCUGAAACCUCAGAACCUGCUGAUCAACGAGCGGGGGGAGCUCAAGCUGGCAGACUUCGGUUUGGCUCGAGCAAAGUCCAUCCCAACAAAGACGUACUCUAACGAGGUGGUGACUCUGUGGUACCGGCCGCCGGACAUCCUGCUUGGCAGCACAGACUACUCCACUCACAUCGACAUGUGGGGGGUCGGUUGUAUCUUCUACGAGAUGGUGACGGGUCGUCCUCUGUUUCCUGGAUCUACAGUGGAGGAGGAGCUUCACUUUAUUUUUAAACUUCUGGGUACUCCAACUGAAAAGAGCUGGCCUGGGGUCAGUUCAAACAAGGACUUUGUGACCUUUAACUUCCCUCAGUACAGAGCUGAGAGACUGAUCAAGCACACCCCCAGGCUCAGCACUGAAGGGGUGGAGCUGCUGUCGGCGUUCCUGCAGUUUGAAGGGAAGAAGAGGAAGUCAGCAGAAGAGGCCAUGAAACACAGCUACUUCAGUGAUCUUGGAAACAGAGUGAUGUCACUUCCUGACACGUCGUCCAUCUUUAGUCUGCCGGAGAUUCAGCUUGAAAAGGAAGCUGCGAGGCCGACAGCCUGGCGCGACGCAGCCAGCAGUCCGCUGAGGAGGAGGAGCCAGCAGCUCCUACAGCCUCAGGAGGAGGAGUCAGCUGAAGGAGGCGCUAAAGGGAACUGACAGGACAGGAAGUGCUGUUUCAUUCAGGAUCCGGGACUACUGAUGAGUCUAAUCAGCUGCACGACCAAUGAGAGAGCAGCACACGUUACAGAUGAUUCAAUCUGGUUGCGUCUUCCAUUUUCACUCUAGUGUAAAGACCCACAGCAGCAAGGUGUGUGACAUCACCAGUGGUGUCACCUUGUUAGCCUCUGCAGGUAAAAUCCCAUUUUAAUCUCCUGUCUAGAUGUUUCUGCUCAGGACAAAAUAAUAGAACCACAGGACAGAUCAAUAAGUACGAAGCUUUUAUAGACUGUAAUCCGAGUCGCCAGGUGAAAGCGUCUCCCAGCUGGAGGGACAGGUGUCUUCCCAGGUGAGUACGUCUUAUUAAAAGGCUGAAGAAGACUGUUUCCAUUUACUCUUUAAUGUUGGUCUUGUGGAACCUCCAAGGAGAAGCCAUGUUCUGUGUUACUCUGGAAGUCUGAAUACGUCGUGUUUUUCUGCAUGAGUGUGUUCAACCUGGUAACGUGAACACGACCUGUACAGGAUCCAGUAACCGUAUUUAUAUCAGAAAUACUGCAGUGGUCCCUCACACACACACACACACACACGGGUUAAGAUGCUAGUCGCAGGCUUCAGCUGUUAAAAAACGACAGAUUUUAAUGUGUUUUAAAUGCACACGAGUUAAAACGUUGGGAGGUUCUUUAAGGCUGACUCAGAUGAAACCUGGAUUAUUUCCUAAUCUGUAGAGCAAACCUUUACAUAAAUGUUUGUGUUAAAGAGCUGAAAAGUUUUCUGCACUGAAUGAGCAAAGCAGUUCACACACACACACACACACACAGGUAAUUCAACGUGCUUUCCGUUAGCGAGAAUAGCGUGAACUCUAAAGUCGAGGUGACGGCACAAUAAAGGUUGAAUAUGGAACACGAACACCAACGCGACAUCUAGGUUGUGGUUGCAACAAUAGAGCAAGGUUUCCAGCCGUCGGGAUUCCAGGCUCUCCGCUGAUAAAUGUUUAAUUUGGUCCGUCUGUUGCAGGCUUCGCCCAAACUCACCCUGGUUUUAGAUCUUUUAUGGUCGCUCCUCUUCUGAGAAGGUUAACGACGUCUUCUGGGCUCAGAAGCAGCUGCUUGACUUGUUUUCCACAGGGCCAGCCUCGCUGUGCCAGACUGUUACCAGCAACAGUGACCUCUACUGGCUGGUAGAUGUAAACAUAAACCCAUCCAAAUAAACGUUUGAUUAUUUUUCAGUUGAAGCUUUUGAAUAAAAAACUGCACCUUCAUUCUGCACACCUCCCUGUGGAGGGAUUAUAUUUAGAAAAGACAGCUUUAAUUGUUCCACAAUCAACCUUUAAAUGCACAAAUUAAUUUAAAUCUAAUCAAACACAAAUUAUUUCACAUUUAAAGAGCAAGUCACUCCCAAAUUACUUUUUUUCUGAUAAACUACAUAAAUGCGUGUCUAAUCGUGCUGCAGACACGUGUCGUCAAUAGUUUUGCACUUUAGUGCAUUUUAGUUCAAAUUAAAUCUUCUGCCUAAAACUGUCAGCGUUGUGCCGUUGUCAGGUAAAAACUCUGCACUGCAUUUGAAUUUAAAUCUGCCAUCGCUAUUGGCUAAGAGGUACCCUAGAACGUUAGCUGGUACCAUAUGAUGUCACAAUGUCGUUGUGAGCCUGUGUGUGUGUGUAUUUGUUAGCGGCUCCGCCCUCUCGGUCUGCUAGGCAACAGCAUUUGUUGCCUUUUUCAAACAGGAAGUGGGAGUGGAGUAAGACUCUGGUAGGGGGUGACUUGCUCUUUAAGAAUCAGAAAAAAAAAACAAAGUUAAAGGUUACGGUGCAGAAGGUGCAGCAUCAGAACAUUUAUUCAAAGGCUGAUUCUGAUUUAAAAGUUUCUAGAGUCGGGGAACAUCUGAGGUCACGAGGAAGCUGGUUCCAUCUGUGAGCUGCAUAGUAGCUCAAAGCAGCGUCACCCUGUUUGGUUCUGACCCGGUUCUACCAGCUGACUGUUUCCCAAGGACCUCAGAGUCCUGCUGGGCGUAGAUACAGGAAGGAGAUCCGACACGUAUUCUGGCUCCAUGCCACUGAGUGAUUUAUAAACUAGUAGGAGCACUUUAAGUUGGUUCUGUAGUUUACUGGUAACCAGUGCAGAGAUGGAAGAACAGGAGUGAUGUGCUCGGUUCUCUUGGUUCUUGUUAGCAGCAGCAUUCUGAAUAAGCUGCGGUUGCUUCACAGCUUUUUUGGGAAGACCAGUCAAAAGACCGCUGCAGUAGUCCAGCCGGCUGGAGAGCCCUUACAGGUCCCGCGUGAGCUGGGACGGGGGACGUUUAACACGAGAAGACAGCCGGUCAAACACCCGGGGACAACAUAGCCAACCUGAAACAGGAGUACAGCUGGGAUUCAAACCCGCAGCCUUUGUGCCGCAUUUGUGUUUUCAUUUUGUUCAACUUUAAAGAACACCCCAACUUUCCCGGGACUUAGUUGUAAUUAACAUCAUUUAGGUUUGUUUUAGUUUACAUUUCUUGUUUCUUUGCAUGAAAACUUGGUUUUAAUCUGCUGAGGGAUGAGAUGUGGAGGCGAGCCGCCGUCCUGGGCUGCAGACCAGUGCUAAUGUGAAUCAAACUGUUCUACUGAAUGAAAAACAGCGAUGCAAAUGUAAAGGGAACCUUCCUCAGCUGCGAUAACCGUCUCUGUAUAAAUGACUGUUGAAUGUAACGACGAGCUGUUGAUGUUUAGUUUAGAGCUUCUGGUUCCUGCUUCAGAACAGGUUCUGUUGCUCGUUUUCUUCUUCAUGGAAACGAGCUGAUCCAAGCGGGAUGAAGUAGAACACGUCAGGGGUUAGAAAAGCCUCUUCAGAGGGUCUCGUUCACCGGAACAAACGCCGACAUCUUCUCUUCGUUCAGACCAAACGGAGGGUUAGAUGUUUAGUGACUCGGUGGAAAACCUCGACUAUAAAAUACAAGUCAGUUCUGUGACCUCAGGUCAUUUUAACGCACCAUAACAGUUCAGCUCCUGAUCGUUUUUGACCUGUAAAACUAUUAUGGUCAGAAAAAAAUAACGUUUGGCUUUAUAACUAGACUGAAGCUUUGCUAAUAGUUUUUUUUUUUUUUGAACAGAGAUGAAGAUUUUUUGUUUUGUUGAGACUAAACCAAAGUUUUCUGCAAAAUACUCAACUGCAUGAUGGGAUUAUUCUGUGAAUUUAUCUUUAGUCUAUUAAUCUUCCAUUUGCUGAGAAUCAAAGUCGUUAUGUAAGUCAGGACAUGCACAUGUGAACGGCGCCUUUCCAGAUGGAGACCAGCCUUCGCAAUCAAAACCAAGCAGAUACACGGAGAAACCCUGACCCGACCCCGAAGCUCCAGGCCGAGAUCAGCGUGUGUUAAAGGAGACCGUUGAGUCCGCUGAUCUCUGGCUCGGGGGAGGGGUUCCCCGAGUAAAAGAGGUCUCUAAUCUCAAAGGAGUCUUCCCGGUUAAGUCGGAUAAAGACGAGAAUCAACAUAUUCACCCCGGGGGCCGUCUGACAAGCUGAAGCUCCCAUUUGACCCCGACCACAGUCAGGCGAAGUGUGUUGCUCAAGGACACGUGACAGCAGAAUUCCCAGGAAUGAGAUGGGAUCAAUAACGAUGGACUGAAAGCAGCAGAAACCUUUCCAGCGGUGAUGAAGAGGUGGGGACGUAGAAAUACUUUAAUAAUAUGUACUUGAAACCUGAUAAGUUUGACAAAGAAAAUGUUACCCAGUGAUGUUUACAUGUAUUAUUGAUCUAUAAACAAUACUAAAUAUCUAUUAAAAGCCUUUAAUACCA